AUGAAGAUAACAGACUUGCAGAACGAGGUAAACCACCUCCUGUUUCUCUACUUCACGUCAAUAGGUGUUAUCCAGAGGGAUGCAGGACUAAGUGACGUUUAUGAAAAGAUGGAGGAGCUUAAGAAGGAGAUUGAAGACUGUAGGAAAAGGAUAAUCCGGCUCAUAGACUCUGAAGAAGCAGAUGUUGAACUAUGUAGCGACUAUAGAGAAAUAAUUUCCGAAGGAAAGGAGUUUGUAAAGGAUGGGGUGAGCUUUCUCGAUAAACUUCUGAGGAGGGACAGUGGUUCGGGUAACUGUUAA